UCUAGACAUAUUUUAUAAAAUAUGUUGAAAUAUAUCAAAUUUUCAUAUUUGUUAUAAAUCGAUUGUUAUCCCCUAUAAACUCUAAAAAUAUAUAGUUAAUAUUUACCGUUACCAUUACUAUUCAAUCACUAAUUCUACCGACUAUCAUUAAGCCAAGCUAAUUUAUUCCAAUCUCGACAUAAUUUUGGUACCCUCAAUGACAUCUUUUGUAAUAUUACACCUCAAUCCACAACUAACUACUGUUUGAAUUUUACUACUUUUACUUUACUUUUACUUCAGUUAACACUUCAACUCACUGACUACAUUUCCCCAUAUCUUUUUUGCAGGCUUAAAAAUAUAAUUACCCCAGGUUAUUUUUCCGAACUACCUCGGAGUCACUAUAAUUAUCGAAUCAUAUCUAAACCAAUAUCAAUAUGGAAUUCUCCCUGAAGAAGCGGCAUAGAGUGCCUGCUUCUUGUUCAGUAUGUCGAAAACGUAAAUCGAAAUGUGAUAGAGUAAAGCCCAUAUGUGGUACUUGUAAAAAGAAAUCAAUUGCUCAUCUUUGCUAUUAUGAAGGUGAUUCAAACGAUGCUCCUAUGCCUGUUAAUGAUUUAAUGCCUUUACCAAUUCCUCAUCAACAUCAUAUGGCUCCAUAUUAUCAACCAGUACCGCAUCAUCGUCCUCCUCCUCCUCCAAAUCAAUUACAACAACCUCAUCAACAGCUUGCUCCUCAUCUCCCCCCACCACCUGCAGGCAUGAUCCAGGGCCCCCCACCACCUCAAUACAUGCCUAAUCAGAUGCAAAUGCCCAUUAAUCAAAUUCAACCACCUCCUCAACAACUCCCACCUCAUCCUCAACCUACUGCCUAUCAGUUUUCGCAGUCAGAAUCUACCGAUCAAGACUAUGUUUCACCGCAAGGGCCUCACCCAGCCAAUGGUGGGAAACCUUUUGAAGAUUCCAAUAACUCAAUGGAUAAAUCAUUUAUAAAACAAUUACCAGGGGAUCUUAAUCAUUCCCAAUCGAGUUAUAAUACAAGUACAAAUCAAUCUAAUACUUCAGGACAGUAUACUACGGCUCCUUCAACAGAUGCUCUUAAUAAUGCAUCGGGUCAAUUCAAUUUCCCAUCUCCUCGUGGAAGUAUUCAAUUAAGUCCUGGAACUCAUGGACCACCUCGACAACAGCCACCCCAUCAAUCUCCUACCGCAAGUGUGACUUCUCAAACUCAAUCCCAAUCAGGAGUUUCUCCUAAUGGACCUCCACCACAAGGUCCUGGAGGAACAUUUUUAUCAUUUUCUUCAAACACUCUAGUUUCUAUUCCUCUUGGUCCUAACUCGAUUUUACAAGUUAAUCCAGAUGAUAGAAUGAGUGUAUUCACUAAUGCUAGUUAUUCAUUAAAUCUUGAAGGCUCAUUAUGGCAACAACAAGGUACAUUAUCAUAUAUUGGAUUAACUAAGAGUGAUCCAUUCAUUAAAGUAAUUAGAAAUUAUGCUAUAGUGUUAUUUAAAUCAGGAGAAAUGGCUAAAUACAUUAAGAAAGAUUCUAUCAGAAGAAGAAAGAGAUCAAUUAAUGGGUCUGGAACCUUAAGCUCAUCUUCUAGUAUGGUAGGAGCAAGUAAUGAAGGUAGUCCCAAGAAGUCUAGGAUAGAACAACAGCAACUGCAAAGUGUUAAUUCCAAUCUCGAUUCACCUAAUUCUAUUGAUCUAGAAUCGGAAAUGUGUGAAGAUGUAGAAAAUGAAGAUGUAAUGGAGGAAGAUGCAUUGAUUGUUACUAAGAUUAAAGUUAAAUCCGAUGAUGAAGAUGGAGAUAAAAAUGGAUCAAAUAAUGAAGAAACUAAUACUAAACCUCGAAACAAGACGUCGACAAAGGCAAAGGGUCAUCAUGUAAAGAUUGAAGUUAAGAGAGAUCCUGAUGUGAAUGGACCUACUAAAGAUAAACUCGAUAGUUCAUCACAAGAAGUGUUAAAUCUUGUUAGUAGUUUAAGACGGUCGUUAUUCUCGGGAAAGAAGAAUAGGCAAGAGUUUUAUAGAAUUAUGGAGAAAGUCAUUGUAAGUAUAUUACCGAACAAAUUGAAUUUGUUUCUGUUAUUCUGUCGAUUCUUUAUGCAUGUUCAUCCAUUUAUUCCAAUUCUUGAUGAGAAUUCUUUAUUAAUAGAUUUGAAUUCUUUAUUAGAUAAUUUCCCCAAUUUCACUCGAGAUUAUUAUACUGAUAUAUCAAUUGAAAAUGAAAAUGAUUUAAAUAUUGUUGGUAUUCUUCUUGUGGUACUUCGUCUUGGAUAUAUGAGUUUUAUUCAUAAUGAUGAAGUUAAUAAUGUGUAUACUGAUGAUGAAAAAUCCAUGAUUAUAGAUAUGAAAAGACUUAAUUCAGAAGUAUUUACGAGUCUUUUAAAUUUAUGUAUAUCCGAUGAAUUAAUAGCCGUUAAAUCAUCAUUUAGAUUGGUGCAAAAUUUAACUUUAGUAUAUUUUUAUAGACAAGUUGCUCCCGAUGAUUGUCAUGGAUUAGGAGGAGCCGAUUCCAAUAUUUUAUUUGGAGUUAUAAUGCGUCAUGCCAUGUCUAUUGGAUUAAAUAGAGAUCCGACAUUUUAUGUGGCUCAUGAUACGAUUACUAAACGAGAAACAUUAAUUAAUUCUUGGAGAAGAUUAUGGAAUUAUUUAAUUACUACUGAUGCAGUAUCGGCAAUUCAUGCCGGAACAAACUUAAAUAUUCCUGAUAUAGAAGUAUGUGAUGUGGAAUUACCAUUAAUGACAGAAGAUAAGACGGGAGAAUUUAAUGAUACUAUAAAAAAGAUACAAACUAUAUGUGAAUCUUAUAGAAAUAUUGUACGUAAAAUUAAUAAUGUUCAUAAUAAACCAAGAGUGGUGGAGAUAUUAUUAGAAACCAAUCAUUUAGAAAAGAUCUUUUUUGAUUUCUUUGGUAAGGAUUUCUUUAAAGACUUUAUAUGCAAACCGGCCAAAGUUCCUAGUAAUGGUUCAAGCUUUGAAGUUAAUAGUAAAGACCAUGAAGAAAGUUAUUUAAAAGUUAUUAAAUUUUGUACAUUUAUUCAAUUAAGAACCAAUUUAUCAUGUAUGUAUUAUAUGAUUGCAAUUCAUUAUGAAAAUGAGUAUAAUGAAUCUCGAACUCCUUCAAUGAAUGCAGGGAUUGAAUUAUUUAAAAUUUACAUUAAAAGUGUAGUUCAAUUGGUUUAUAUUAUGUCAUUUGUAUUAGAUAAUUCAGUAGAAUUAUUUGGAAAAAAUUAUGAUUAUUAUUUAACUGCCAAUAAUGAAAGAUGUAUGAUUAAAACUCAUAGUUUCUUAACUUCAUUUUUUGCUAGAUUACUUCAUUAUAAGAUGGAAUUAACCUUAUCAGUUGGUAGUGAUCCAUCUAUAAAACCAAGAUUAGAAGUAACUGAUAAAUUAUUUUCAAUGGUAUUAAUUGAAGCUGAAUUAUUUAUUGGGAAUUUCCGAAAAUUAAGUCGGAAUUAUAUUAAUUCCUAUAAAAUAUAUGUCAUGACAUAUUUUGUAUUAAUGCAAUGUAUGGAAAAUCCUAGUGUAUUUUUUCAAACAAGUAUUCAAUAUCCUCGAUUUUUUCAUAAGGGGACAAAUAUGUUAGAGUUUUUUACCAUAUCAGAAUUGCAAUAUUUAUGUAAAUUGUGUGAAGAAUUCAGAUCUGCCAAAGAUGAACAAACCAAGCAAAAGAUUGCCAAAGCCAAUCAGCUUAGGAGGACAGAAGCAAAUUCAAAGUCACCAUCUGAUAUAUCUCAAGGAACUGGUAGAACACCAUUUGUUCAACCUGAUACAACGAAUAAUUUAAAUGCUUCAUCAAUGCCUGGUAAUUUAAGUGCUAAUAAUUAUGAUCUAGGUUCUAUGCCUAAUUCAUCACUAGGCAAUGUACCUCCACCAAUAAAUGCUACAGAUCCUCAAUUAUCUAAUGCAGGUUUGGGUACUGGUAAUCCUAACCCAUCAGGAUUUAAUUUUAACAGUUACUCAUAUGACGACUUAGAGCCUGCCAAUCUUGGUGGCGAAGACUUCUUAAAGUUGUUUGAAGUUUAUGGUGAUCUCGAUAAGGAGAUUUGAGUCUGUCAUAAAAAAGAAAAUAAUUCCCUUCUACUUAUAUAUUUAAUUAUUUAAUUAUUAUCCUAUUUAUUAUUUAUUCUCCUA